AUGGGUGACGAAAUUAUCCAUAACAAUCUUCAAAAUGAUCAAGAAGCAGAAGCCGAAGCCGAAGUGGAAACACUUUCCCUCACCGAUUUCCCAGUAACACAAGAUCUUGGGGUCUCCAGCUUUAAAGAUCAACGGAAUCCACCAUCAUUAGCAACAGAUGAAUUUUUUGAGUUUUUCCGGGAAGGGUUGAGUGAUUACUCCGACAAAAACAUGAUGUCUCAUGCAGAAGACAUCAUAUUCUGCGGUAAACUUAUUCCCAUAGACGAACAACGCCACCCCAAAAAUCCACCACCGCAAAAAGAGAAAUCUCACCGGAGAAAGAAACAAGAACAACCUCCAGGUUGCCGGCGGUCGGAGUCACUGUCAGCGGUCAAAAGCACCACCGUGAGUCCACCCGUUAGAAACAGCCGGUCAUUGGAUUACAAGACGUUGCACAGGAACUCAAGUAUGAGUUCUGAACCAGCGCCGGAGAUUCUUCGUGACGGUUCGGGAAAGAAAUCUUCUUCUUCACGGUGGUACGUUCUUUUGUUUGGCUUAGUGAAGGUGCCGCCGCCGGAGAUGGAUCUUCGGGACAUGAAGAGCCGGCAGGUUCGCCGGACUCCUUCGAAGCCACUUUUUCCUUCUACAGAAUCCUGUGAUGCACUUCCGGUUAGCCAAAGUGAUGAUUACCGGAGAUGUUCGGGGAGAGUACUCGGGUUUCUGAGUUGCAAAUCAUCUGCGAGUACGGCGGCAACGACGCCGUUACGUUACAUGCCCAAAGUUUAA